AUGGCUCAUCUGAGAAGAUCAUCCUUCUCUCACAUGCUCACAGGAGUUUUGCUGACUACAGCAAUAUUCGCAGAGUUCCUCUUGGCUGUCCCACUGGUCCACUCCCCCACAGAACAUGGUAUAAAGAAGAUCAGUGCUGAGCUCUCUUCCAAGAGACUCAUCCGCAACCGGAGGAACAUCAGCUGGUACAAACAAAACUCUGACUUCUGGAACUGGUACAAGUUUUUCACUGACUCAGGCAACCAGCAGGGAAUUGCAGACCUGGACCGUAUGUAUCUGACCUACCUGCAGAACAAGAACCGUGCUGAAGCCCAACGCUCUCACAAGCUCUAUCUGCAGCAUCUGGGUGAGAUCUACAAGUCAUGCUCCGAAUCUGACGACCCAAACUGCAUGGCCUCAUACCUCAGCAGGCCUACAGCCAAGGCUGAGGCACAGAGACCGGCACCAGUGAAGUCAUGUGAUCCUUUCCGGGAUCCACAAUGUCGCUAUGCUCUUGGAUACACUGCUUAUCCAUAUGUAGCCUCUGCAAAGUCACCAGCUCCGGCUCCUCCUCCUGCUCCUGCCCCAGUUAAAUCUCCGGACUACAUCCGAACCCCUGUGGUGAGGAAUCCAAGUUCUGGUCAGUACUAUUAUGCCCCCAUGGCACAGUCCUUCCUAUCUCCUGAGCAGAAAGCAGAACUGUUGCGUAUUUGUGGUGCUGAGGAUGUCGAAUGUCUGCAGUACCACUUCCGUGGUGCUUACGGGUUCAAACCUGCUGGCGUCCCACCUCCAUCCUAUGCCUAUCUAGGCUCCUCUUCACAACAGGUGCAGAAAGCCCCAGCCGGCUUGUACCUUCGCUAUCCCAACUGCGAUCCCCGUGUCGACCCAUAUUGUGCUUAUGCUGCUGUAGUGGCUUCUCAGAACUCAGAGGCACCAUCUUCUCUAGCUGCCCUCGAGAGGUCCUGCAACCCACUAUAUGAAGACAGCUGCAACCCACUGACUGGUACCAAAACUGACAGCGCAGCUGCUCAAUCAGAAAAUCCUAAAGAUGAUCCAGCUUCUGCCCCAGGCACUAGCUAUGAGCUGCAAAGCUCCUAUUAUGAUCCCUAUGCCAUGUUCCAGAAUGCUGCUGGUCCUGCAGCUUCUUCCACCCUGCGCAGGCUUCAGUCUGGUUCAUAUGAAAUUCCACAGCACCCUCAGCCAUCCACUAUGGAGGAAAACUACCAAUCAUUUGGACCUCCUGGAAAGACCAAGGAGGGCUAUGAUUGCUUUAUUGGCUAUGAUGAAGAGUGCUACCCAAUUGGAACCCAGAAUGUCCCCAAAACAGUCCCACAAAGGCAGGUUCCACAUUCCAUGGACAACUACGAGCCCCACCUUAAUGCAGAUGGCACCAGAAAGGGUGUGAUUGAACCCGAUCCUCACUGUGACCCUGAGUAUGAUAGAAAUUGCCGUCUACGCCGCUAUGAGCCUUUGGCUGAGGAAACAGAGAGACAUACUUCCCAUAAGGAGGAACGUGAGUAUCAGGAGCACAACAAAGAAACUUUUCACCAUGAGGAUCAGAGAGAGGAGGUCUACCCUGAACAUCAGCCAGACAUGAACAACCAGGGCUACGACCAGCAACCGUAUGACCGCUACAUGAGUGGCCAGGAGGAUCCUUAUGCCUCUUACAGCCAGCCAAAUCAAGGUUCCUUCAACUUCCAGGACAUCCUGAAGGCAUACGCAAGCCGCUUUCUAAACCAGGAGCACCAUCGUGCCAACAUGGGAGACUACAAGAAGUAAGAAGCUGAAGAAAGCAGCAUAACGCAUGACAAUUAGAGAAAUGGGACAGUGUAUGAGUUGUGAAUGAAGUUCACCAAUUAAAAUAUUCACAUCAGAUGUAGAAACCUUCAGCUCCAAUGGUGAAAAGCUCAGCAG